GGAUUAGAUCUAAGGUGGGUGUGUUAAACUAGCACCUCUUUGAAAGUCAACAGCUGUCUUAUCAUCCAUAGGGGAUGUGUGAUAUGUGCUUCCAAUCCCAAUUAAAUGUUCAUAGGAAGAGCCUCAACAUGCCCUCUGUCCGGAGGGAACUACUGUUUGCGAGUGCCAUCGUUCUGGGAUAUGUCCUGUUUGUGUGCUGUAGGGACUGGUUCGUGGAUAUGCCUUGCAGUCAAGCCUUAGUAAUGCAGCCUUAUCUGACAGUAGAACGGGACAAAAUUCAGGCAAAAGUCAGCUUUCCAGUCUCCAAAAAGAGUGCAUGUUCCUGCCAAUCAUUAAAAAAGAAGGGUAUGGAGGUUUAUCAACUCAAAGAAUAUUUGCCUGCAGACGACUUAAAAUCUGCUUCGGAGAGACGUAAAAAGGAAUAUGAACAUUACAAAAAAAGGGAGCAGACCCAUAAUAUCGUUGUGGCACCUUCCAACUCACCAUUAAGGUAUCCCAUUUAUGGUGUCCAAGUCAUGCCACUUAACACAAUCCUAUUACCAGGUUUACAAAUUGAUGCUUCUUUGCCAAAAUACACGGUGGCACUUGAGGCAUCUCUUGGAACAUUUGACUUUCAAGUUAAUAUAUCUGCGAUUCCUGGGGUUCAGAUUAAUGGCAGAGGAGAGAAACAUCUGGACAUUAUUGCCAAUGAUAUCCGUGUGUUAAAUCGCAUUUUGGGGAAUACAACUUAUACAAGUACUCUUUACAGCAUUGAGAGUCUGGACUUUGUAACAUUUUCUAUGGACCAGUACUUGGCUCAUAUCCCGGUUUCAAUUAGACAACCUCCACUAGUUCAUUUACAUGACCCAGGACGGGAUGGAAAUAUUAGCUCCUUGGUGACAAUCGCCACAAAGACCUUCCUGCGCUAUGAUAAGUUACGGGAGUUGCUAAGAAGUAUACGUCUGUAUUACCCCGACAUAAAGGUCAUCGUGGCUGAUGACAAUGAACAGCGUGAGAAAAUUGAAGAGCCAAAUGUAGAACAGUACAUUAUGCCAUAUGCUAAGGGAUGGUUUGCGGGCAGGAAUCUUGCUGUAUCCCAAGUAACCACCAAAUAUUUCCUCUGGGUGGAUGAUGACUUUCUGUUUACGGAGAAAACAAAAAUAGAAAAACUAGUGGAUGUAUUGGAAGGAACAGAUUUGGACAUGGUAGGUGGUAAUGUGGCAGGUAACCAUUUUAGCUUUCAACUCAUCUGGGAGGAAGGCGAUGAUGAAGGCGAUUGUCUACAUUGGCGAGGAGGUGGAUACCAUGCAAUCAAAGGAUUUCCUGAUUGUGUCCUGACUGGAGGAGUAGUUAAUUUCUUCCUGGCCCAUACAGAGAGAAUUCUUGGUGUUGGAUUUGACCCAAAGCUGAACCGUGUAGCACAUACUGAAUUCUUUAUCGAUGGUUUGGGACGCCUGAGAGUGGGUUCAUGUAGCCAUGUCACUAUUGAACACCAGAAAAAAGAAACACCAAAAGAUGGAAAACUACUUAAAGCUUCCGAAAAAUACAAUUCAUUCCGACAAAACACUGCACAGCAAAUAAAGACUAAACUUGGACUACUUUAUUUCAAGAACCGGCUGAGCUGUUUCACAAAGCAAUGAGUUUUUUUUUAGUUUUUUUGAAGGAUGGUUGCUGAUCAAAGGAUCUAAGAAGUAUUUUUUGAUAUAAAUAAAUAUCUAAAUGUCGGUCUA